AUGCGGGGGCUCCUGCUCUCCACACUCCUCGGAGCCGCUCUGGCACAGUUGUGCCGCGGGGCCGCGCCGCCUGAGGGGAGGCCUGCGGACGCGGCGGAGGCGCGCCCGCGGAAGCAGCUCUGUCACUGGCCCUGUGAGUGCCCGCGCCCGAAGCCCCGCUGCCCCCCCGGAGUGAGCCUGCUGCGGGACGGCUGUGGAUGCUGUUGGACCUGUGCCAAACAGGCAGGGGACGUCUGCAAUGAGGCCGACCUCUGCGACCCGCACAAAGGGCUGUACUGUGACUACUCGGCGGACAGGCCUAGGUACGAGACCGGAGUGUGUGCGUAUCUUAUAGCUGUGGGAUGUGAGUUCAACAGGGUACAUUAUCAUAAUGGCCAAGUCUUUCAGCCCAGUCCCCUGUUCAGCUGUCUCUGUGUGAGUGGGACCAUUGGAUGCACACCUCUGUUCAUACCAAAGCUGGCUGACAGUCACUGCUCUGGGGCUAAAGGUGGAAAGAAGUCUGAUCAAUCAGACUGUGGCCUGGGACCGAUCCAACAACAGCUCUCAACGAGCUACAAAACAAUGCCAGCUUAUCGGAAUCUCCCACUUAUUUGGAAAAGAAAAUGUCUUGUGCAAGCAACAAAAUGGAGCCCUUGCUCCAGAACCUGUGGGAUGGGAAUAUCUGAUAGGGUGACCAAUGAAAAUAGCAACUGUGAAAUGAGAAAAGAGAAAAGACUGUGUUAUAUUCAACCCUGCGACAGUAAUAUAUCAAAGAGAGUAAAGAUCCCUAAAGGAAAAACGUGCCAACCUACUUUCCAACUCCUCAAAGCUGAAAAAUUCGUCUUUUCUGGAUGCUCAAGCACUCAGAGUUAUAAGCCCACUUUCUGCGGAGUAUGCUUAGAUAAGAGAUGCUGUGUCCCUAACAAGUCUAAAAUGAUUACUGUUCAAUUUGAUUGCCCAAAUGAAGGGUCCUUUAAAUGGAAGAUGCUGUGGAUUACAUCUUGUGUAUGUCAAAGAAACUGCAGAGAUCCAGGAGAUAUAUUUUCUGAGCUCAAGAUCCUAUAAAACCAAAUUUAUAUGGGAAAAGUUAAGUUCAGGUAAUCAUGUCAUUACAUCGGAAAAUUAGAAUGGUUUUAAAGGAUGGCAAAUCUACCUGAUUGAUUCAGAACAGUAAGAAUGCCUACCUAUUCUCAUAUGACUCUAUUUAAGGCAAUAGAAAAUUUUAAAAAGGUUUUCUUAAAGUCUAAACACCUUAAAACUGAACUCUUACUUUAAAAUGUAUAAUUAUGAAAUACACAGAUACUUGGUUCCAUCUACAUAUUCCAUACAUGAUAGAAAAAUUAUACAAUUUACAAGAAAACAUUUCAUUCUAUAAAGUAAUCUGGAAUACUUUGGUGAAGAUGUGUAAAAAGUUUAAAACUUUUUUAAAACUAUGUUUUAAAACUUUAUGUGUACUUUGACAAUGUAGCCUAGGAUCUCAUCAGAUGAUAAUCAUUAUGUGGGUGAGCAAGAGUCUAUGUUAAUUCUUAAAUAGGAAUAAGAUUACACUGUAAAUAUAUUUAUAGUUUCCAUUGCCCUAUCCUAAAUAUGAGUUUAUUAAGAUUUCUUUUGGAAAGAGGAAGUAGAACUUCUUCGGCCAUUGUAGACAACUGUAAUCUAAAAGUUUAUAUACAAAAUACUGUAAAAAGUUAAAUCUCUAACAUAAAGAUCAAGAGCAGUAUCCUUACUUUGAAAAGGAAAGAAACUUAAGACUAUAACACUAAAGAAAGCACACAAUAGAUUAUUUUGGUUUGAAAAUAAAUUGUUCCUAAAAAGUACUUCCUUAAAUGACAAAUCCAUCUAUGGAUAUAAAAUAUAUAUUAUAUUUAAAGGUAAAUUAAUGUUAAAAACUAGAGCUGGAGAUUAUAGUUACUGGAACACUUUCACUAGACUAUUACAGCCUUUUAGUGCAAAGUUUGGAAGAAGAUAUCAAGCUGAGUAACAUUCCGUUUGCUUACGUAAGUGGUGAGAAGCAAAACCAAUAAGAAGUUAUACUAUAUAAAAAUAUGAAUAUUUAUGAUUAUAAAAUCAACUGGUUUAAUAAAAAGCAUUAUAUUUAAAAAUAACUUAAUACAAAUACCUGUUAAAAUAAAUGUAAAUUUUGACUCUUUUCAGUGCAAACAAGUAGUUAUACAAAGAAACAAUACCUCCUUAAUAGCUGUUAUAAUAAAACCUAUCCCUGAAAAGUUAAUUACAUAGAAAUAUUUAUAUUGUGGUCUUCUAGUAUUCUUCAUACUUUUAAAGAAUC